CGUUUAAAAAUCUCGAUGAGAGCCAAUCAGACGCGUCCAGGUCACCGGAACUGUAUUCGUAGCGGAAAGAAGAUGGCUGCAGCGAGGAACGGAAAGAGUGGACUUCUGGAGAAAUGGAGAAUCGACGAGAAACCGGUGAAAAUCGAUAAAUGGGACGGAGCCGCGGUGAAGAACUCUCUGGACGACGCCGCAAAGAAGGUGCUGCUGGAGAAGUACGGUUACAUGGAGAACUUUGGUCUGGUGGACGGCCGUCUGUUGAUCUGUACGGUUUCCUGUCUGUUCGCCAUGCUGGCGCUGGUCUGGGACUUCCUGCACCCGUUCCCCGAGUCCAGACCCGUCCUCGCCUGCUGCGUCAUCUCGUACUUCAUCAUGAUGGGCGUCCUGACGCUGUACACGUCCUACCAGGAGAAGAACAUCUUCCUGGUUUCUCUGCAGAAGGAUCCCGCUGGCAUGGACCCUGACAACACCUGGCAGCUCUCCUCCUCCCUCAAACGGUUCGAUGACCAGUACACUCUGAGAGUUUCCUUCAUUGAUGGAAAGUCGAAGAAGUGUCGGGACGCGGAGUUCACGAAGUCCGUGGCGGCGUUCUUCGACGACAGCGGGACGCUGGCCAUGGACCAGUUUGAGAAGUGCGUUUCUAAACUGCACGACACGCUGGCCUCGGACAAGAAGACCAAAUAACUCGAGAGGAUCGGUCACUGUCAGGUCUUUUCUGGUUUCAUGUCAGAACAUCAGAAUCAAACUGCAGAGAGAGAGACUCCAUCACAGUUCGGCCGGCUACACGCU